UAUAAAUAAUUGUGUUGAACUUUGAGUUUUUAUUAACCUGUAAUGAAAUACAAAAUGGAAGUCGCUGUUUGGACGAUACUCUGUUUAAUUGUUGGUUUCCACGCCGCGCCGCUCGAAUAUACCUUAAAUGACAGCUAUGAUGCCAUUGACAGCUUCAACGAAAUCGACAGCUAUGAUCACAUCGCGUACAAUGAAGACAGGUCGCCGCUACUGUGUAUCGUACCAGAGCACCCGAAAAACGGACGGUACUGGUCUGCAGGAUCGCAGCGCCUGUACACCGGUACGGCUAAGCAACAUUUGUUCCUCAACACGUCGUGCGACGUUGGAUACAAGCCUGCGGGCGGUGAUCGAGGCGCCUUCGUAUGCUAUGACGGGAACUGGUCACCGAAUCAAUUUCCAACUUGCAUCCGAUACUGCAAACUGGAGCCUUCAGAAAGCGUGGAGUAUCGCUGCAGAAUCACAGACUACCCAAAUUCCGAUGGCACUCGUGACUGCCUGGCGUCUGAGCCGGAAGGCACUGUUAUACAGCCUCGAUGCAGACAGCCUCAUUAUUUCAGCGUGACCGAACUGCCCAAUAUGAACUGUGAGAAUGGAAAGUGGAACUAUAUACCAAGAUGUGAACGUGAAUGUGGUAGGCUGCCAGCUGGGGGGGUGCCCCUGAUUGUGGGGGGCAGGGAGUUGGAGAAUGGUUACGUGCCAUGGGCAGCUGGGGUCUACUACGCUGAUGGAGGGCAGAUGAAACAAGUCGGUAGUGCAAUUGUGAUCAGCAGGCACAUUGCUUUGACAGCCGCACACGUGUUGAGACUGGAUAUGGAGUGGCAGUAUCUAGCGAUUGCCGCCGGCAAGCGGCACAGGCAGUGGCAGCAUCCAUUAGACGAAGGUCGCGAACAAAACUCCAUGGUGAAAAGCACGCACAUACCCGAAAAGUUCUACGGUGCUGACCUUUUUUACCAGGACGAUCUGGCCGUUCUGGUGCUAGAUACGCCACUGGACUACACACCGUACGUGGGGCCCAUCUGCAUCAAUUUUAACCCGGACUUCGUGGCGAAGCAGUUGCGGCCCGGGAAUAUAGGAAUGAUGGCAGGGUGGGGGGAGACAUCGGACCUGCGAGGCUCCGAGGCAGAUAUCCUUAAGAUCCUGGAGAUUCCGUUCGUGAGCUUCAAGGAUUGUGUGAAACGCACCUCUCGGUAUUUCAGGAACUACCUUGUCGGCGGGAAGAUCUGCGCAGGAUUUGCAAAUGGAACAGCCCCAAGUAGGGGGGACAGCGGCGCCGGGUUGGCUUUUCCAGCUGAGACGCUAGGCAUCACCCGCUACUACCUUCAAGCCAUAACUUCCACGAGCCCCAUCAGUCGCAACGGUCGCAUAGACCUUUACGCCCCAACCAGCUUCGAGCCUUCGGCGAAACACGAAAAACUGAUCAAAGAGCAUUGGGACCCAUAUUAUAAUUCAAUUGUUCUGUGUUCAAUUAUGUUGUUACGCUAUGUGUGUCCGGUUUUACUCGUUUUUAUAUUUACGAAGCCGGUUUUAACUGCUGUAGCCAACAAUACACAAAAUAUUUACGAUGAUACGAAUGAGGGUUUGAAAUGGAUCAGAGUGAAGCGACAGGCGUCUACAUGCCGUAAGACUCAGUGGCAGUGCCGCGAUGGAACCUGUAUUGGCUUCGAUGGGAAAUGCGACGGGAACGUCGACUGUCCCGAUGGUAGCGAUGAAACCUUCCCGCUUUGCCGAAGCAAUGUAUGCCAGAGCAACUGGUUCCGGUGCACGUACGGCGCAUGCGUUGACGGUUCCGCGCCUUGCAACAAGAUUCAAGAGUGUGCUGACAACUCCGAUGAACUGCUGCCUAGUUGCCGCAAUGAGGAGGAAGUCCGCGGACGGUAUACAUGCAAGAACGGACAGACCAUAUCGUCUGUGGAGCACUGCGACGGUGUGAAGGACUGCGCGGAUGGUUCUGAUGAGACUCUGGAAGCCUGCGCCGCUGUGACCUGCCCCGGAUACCUGUUCCAGUGCGCUUAUGGAGCCUGCGUUGACAAGGGUUCAGAUUGUAACGGGAAACAAGAAUGCGCUGACGGAUCUGACGAGUCCGAUGAGCUCUGCAACAGGAACAGCCCGGGAGUUAAACCUGUGACACCUCGACCGGUGACGCCGACUAACAAACCUGCCCAAGGGGGUAACUGCCGCCUGCCCCCCUACCCGCAAUACGGGUCAUACACGGUAACGAACGUACCCGGCGCUGUGCCCGGAGAAUCCUACCCCAACGCGGUCCUCAACGUCACGUGUAACCCUGGCUUCGGGGUCGAGGAUAUGAAGGAUACAAUCUGGUGUUAUGACGGCAUCUGGUCUCAGAUAAUGCCGAAAUGUGUCCGUUUCUGCAGAUUAAACAGGCAUCCGAGCGUUGAAUAUCGCUGUCUCAGCACCGGCGCAAUCACUGGCUCCAGGGAAUGCGGGCCCCUGGAACCAGCUGGGACCAUCGUCCAGCCGAACUGUCGCACUCCCAACUACUACUACCCUGGUGUCCUUUCGAACAUGAACUGCAUUGACGGCAGCUGGGACUACAUCGCGCAAUGCAAGCCAGAAUGCGGCACAAUCACCCCCUUGGCCAAGCCGCUCAUAAUAGGGGGGCGUACAGCUAAAAAGGGGGAGUUGCCAUGGCACGCGGGCAUCUACGACAAGUCGUACACCCCCUUCAUGCAGGUGUGCGGGGGCUCUCUGAUCUCAACAACUGCCCUUAUAUCAGCGGCGCAUUGCUUCUGGAGCGAUUCGGAGAAGAAGCUGCCUGCGACCAAGUACGCUGUCGCGGUCGGGAAACUCUACCGACCCUGGAACAAUCUCAGGGACGAAGAAGCCCAGAAGUCAGAUGUUGCUGAAAUAAAACUUACCCCCCGCUACCAAGGCGCAGCGGCGAACUACCAGGACGACAUAGCUAUAGUGGUGGUGGUCACUCCGUUUGGAUACUUGCCCUCCAUACGGCCUGUGUGCAUCAACUUCGACGUACUCUUCGAUAUGCAGCAGAUGAUCCCAGGGACUAUGGGAAAGGUCGCUGGCUGGGGCCUGACCACGUCAGCCGGCGGGGCGUCGCAGAUCCUCAAGGUGGUGGACAUGCCCGUAGUGUCCAUUGACGAGUGCCGCGCCGUGUCGCCCGUCAGCUUCCGGGUGCAUCUCACCAGUGAUAAGAUUUGCGCCGGGUACACCAACGGUACGACGCUGUGUCAAGGCGACAGCGGCGGCGGCUUAGCGUUCCCGUCCCUCGAGCAGGGUACAGAACGGCACUACCUCCGCGGUGUAGUGUCCGUGUCGCCCGUCAGCGACGACGCAUGCAACCAGGACACGUUGGUCGCGUUCACGCAGAUUACGAAGCACGAGCAUUUCAUUAAACCGUACUUGUAG